UUUCACUGGACGGCGCACAUUCCAAUAUUAUUAUAUUUCAGAGAUCAUCACUGAAAGAAGGAAAGGAGAGAAAGACAGAGAAAGAGAAUGGAUAGGGGGCGUUAAAGAGAUGUCGAUUGUCACAUGAAUAGUGUUCUUAAAUUUACGGAAAGACACGGAAAGUAAACGAUUGUUAAUUAAUUCAUUGCAACUUUAUAUAAAGAUUGUUAUUUAAAAAAAAUCAAAAUUAAAUCGUCUACUCAAUGACAACACGAGGGAUUUCCGUAUGUGUUUGUGUGUUACAGAGAUUGUGAUUAUAGAGGUUAUAUUUAUUAAUAUAAAUUCUUAAAUUAAGAAAUUGAUCAAUCAAAACGUACGAUGGAUAACAUCGAUAUCAUGGAUAACAUCAAUAUCAAUAGACUAGUGAGUCCAUUUGGUUCUGCAAAGUCAUUGUAAAAGACUCAUAUGUCAAAUAAAUGGAUAUUGUUGAAGACGAUGAAUAAAGCAGAAGAAGAAUACGUUGAAAAAACAUUUGUGUACAAGUUUCCAACAUGUACUACGAAUCAAGAAUACACUCUGGAAGUUCCGCUAAAAAUACCGUAUCACGGCUCUAUAAAAGAGUUGAUGCAUCGUAUAAUGUCAUCGUUCAAACUACCAUCUUACGUCCAAUCAGAUUUAUUAGAAACAUUGCAACGCGAUAUCAAAGAGCUUACUUUACAAUUUCACGAUGAGAAGGCGGAAAAACUUAUUGAAGCUGCCAAGGCAGGCAGUCUGGAUUUAGAAGAUAUAAUUAAAAAUUGGGAAAAAAUAUACAAACAGAAAACAGUGGAAUAUUCCGAUCCCAUUGGAACUUCGGAUGAGGAAUUAUUUGCUGCGGCAUAUCACAGAUUAGUGCAUUCUCCAUCUUUAGAACCAAUUCUGCAAGCGGAACACAAAUUUGGACGAGAUGUUACUGAAGUAAUUCAAAUGAGAGAUACUGAUUAUGAGCACCUUACGCAAAAACAAACUGAUGAAAUGCGCGUUGCCGUCGAGGCUCUUGAAGCAGGAUCUACUGAAAAGUCCAUAAAUGACAUGGCAGGUCGACAUUUCGAAGAGCAGAGCUUACUGCAGGGUUACUGGGGAUCGAGAAUUGACGCUUUAAGAUUGGAUCAACGACGGCAAUACCGAAAUUGGAUCAUGAGACUGCUCGAAGAGCAACAAACCAGUAUGAUAUCCACGCCAAUGGGUUCACCUAUGGUACCAUUACCGCCAUUGCGUCCAGCUUUGGAUAAAUUCGUUCACAGUGAGGAGAAACAAACGACCGAUUAUCCUCUAUUGGAAGAAAGCUUCACCAUACAUUUGGGAUCUCAGAUGAAACAAAUGCACAACAUACGUAUAUUGACCGGAGACGUGCUCGAUUUUUGUCGUACGAAAAACAGCGAGUCCGGGAUGGAUCCAACGCCACAAAGAUUGCAGACAGCAUUAGGACUGUACUCGAACGAUCUGUGUGGAUUAGUUCUCCUAAGUGAUAAUCAUUUAGGCAGUUAUUCUGGAAUAACAAAAGAAUUAUGUUCUAUAUGCCAACUAACAACGGAAUUCCAUUUUCCGCCUAUCGAUGAACAGUUGGAAAAAAUUCGAGAAGACGUGAAGGACGCCGUUGCCUGGAGGCAAGCGCAUUACAGAGAAGGAAGCGAUCCCCAUGCGAAAAAAUCGACGACGAGCAAAAGUCUGCAAACAGGCGACGUUUUUAUCACGAGACAUUCCAAUCUGGCGCAAGUUCACGUAGUGUUCCACAUGGUGGUCAAUGAUUCCCUGCGAUCCGGUGAUAUCAACUCAAGACAUCCCGCUAUUCUGGGAUUGCGAAACAUUUUGAAGACGGCAUGUUGCAACGAUGUAACGACGUUGACAAUACCCGUGUUACUUGUUCACGAAAUGUCAGAGGAUAUGACGGUUGCCUGGUGCACGAAACGAGCCGAGCUAGUCUUCAAAUGCGUGAAAGGUUUCAUGAUCGAAAUGGCAUCUUGGGGUGGAGCAGAGCUGAAGAAUCUGCAAUUUCUUGUGCCGAAAGGAAUGUCGGAGGAGGUGUUUGGAACGUUAGCCACAAUGUUGCCUAGUAUAUUUCGGGUGUCAAACCCGUUGGUUUUUAAGGCCACCAGCACUCCGCAAACUCCGAAAAAGUAAACGAUUUCUCUUACCCCACUUAUCAUUAUGUGCAUUCGUAACGUUGCCAUAUUUAUUAUUAUAUAUCACUCGUAUGCAGUCGCAAUUAUCUGUCGCGGGUGCGAAAAAAGAUACAACUCUGAAUAAAUGUCUGACUCUUAAUGA